AUGUACCCGAUCCAAGAAACCAUCCCAUCGAAUUUCCAGGCAAGACCUGGGGCACAACGCAGAAGCUUAGAAGCGCUUUCUGAAGGGACUGAAGGUAUAUAUAAGAAGGCCAGCCGUCGGCCACGUCCUCAGCCCAUCAACAGCUUCCUCACUUCUACCACCGGACACCCAUCCCAAUCCAGAAACAACCCCACCAUACAGAAAUACCCUCUGAAGCACCGUCCCAUAACCAGUAGAAGAAGAAGAAAAAGUAAUAUGGCAUCCAAUUCCAGCCCUAUCCGACACACCCUCGUCCCAGGAAAGACGGUGACCGUCCGACAAGUCACCGACACCUACUCGCCCGCCAAGCCCAACCAACCCCAACGCUUGACCAGAGAGUUCGAGACCACCUAUUAUCUCGACCUGAUCCCCGACCUCUAUGCGCCCACCUCAGCCACUACCACUUACACCCAAAGCCACUACUAUGUAGACACCACUAACACCUUGGUCGUCUACAAGAAAGAUAUCCGCUUCCCUCAGCGUCAGUUCUAGUAGGCUUUCCCUUCACCAUUGGUUUCGGGUCAUCUCUGGCGCUUUCAUUCCACCUUGACUUCCCUUCUGCUCUCCAAUAUCAAUCCAUACCAUAAGGCUUACUCAGCAACGUGUGCCGAUCGCUUAUCGGAC